GUAGAAAAUGUGGUUCGCCGUCUUCCAGUAUCCCGUCGUUGCUCUGCUGGUGGCCAUCUUGACCGCCAUCACGCAAGCGGCGGGGGUCUACUGCGAGUUUGCAAGCAAAGCACACUAUGCCAAACUUUGGCUGUCCAUCAUAAACAACGUAUCGCUCACGUUGGCCAUCAUGACGGUCAUCCGCUUCUUCAUGCAGCUGAGGUCCCAGUUGGCGCACCACCAGCCCGUCGCCAAGUUUCUCUCGUUCAAGUUGGUCGUGUCUCUGACUUUUAUCGAAAAUAUCAUCUUCUGGAUCAUUCGCGACGUCGGCGCUCUGAGCCCGACCCCGACGCUGACGGAUGCGGACCUCCGUAUCGGCAUCCCGUCCAUGCUCGUCUGCCUCGAGAUGCUCCCGCUAGCCAUCUUCUUCCAUUACGCCUACUCGCACCGUCCGUACGUCAUUGGAGGCGGCGGCGCCCGCCCGCCGCUCGCCGACGACCUCGAGGCAUAUGAGCCCCGGACGUACUCGGACGGGCCCGCCGUGCUGUGGGCGCUGGUCGAGAUGUGGAAUCCGGCGGAGAUCAUCGAGGCCAUCCGGUUCGGGCUACGGAUGAAGGCGGAGGAGCGAAAGCAGCGGAGGUCUCGGAAGGGCGGGCAGAGCGCGGCGUCUCAGUGGGCGGACGAGGAGCGUUGAGCCGAGCAGAUAGACAGACACGCGCACACCCAUGCAAGCGUACAUACACAGAUACGCCAUACACGCAUAGAAUUUCUUGUACAUACAUAUAUACACGCAAAGGCAUAGAAGACUGAAGGGACU